AGUUGGCUGCAAUGUUCAACCACAUUCAUUAAUUCAUCUCACCAGCAUCAUCCUACUGUUCAAACCUUGACCAUCGCUACAAGCCUGAAGCACGCCACAGCUACUCGAUUGCGACAAGACGGAGUCGGGCAUCUCCGCGCUGGUUACAUUACACUGUCUCUGAAGACUGCCAGGCUAGGCCAAAGCAAUAUGUCGAUGGAAAUAACGCCUGCGAGUCCCGCGACAAGCCCAAAGGUGUCCUCCCAGCCAAAUCCCAGUCCCCCUUCCCUGGACGGGGAUCAUACAACGCUGAAUAGCACACCGAACGACAACCCGUUCCUCGUCCCUGACGAAGAACUAGACGGUGUCGACAUUCUCGAAGACAUCUCCCGCGGGUGUGACACAGUCGAAAGUCUUGCCAGCUAUGUCGAAGGCGGCUUCCACCCCGUCCACUUGGGUGAUGUCCUCGGCAGUCGCUAUCGUGUUGCACACAAACUCGGUCAUGGCAAACAUGCAACGGUGUGGUUGUGCCACGACAAUAUACGCAACAAGUGGAGGGCCGUCAAAGUCAACAGCGCUAUAGCGUCAGCAAGCACAGAGUACGGAGACAAUGGUUCGAGCGCCUGCCAGCAUCUCCGGGAAACGAGUACCUUCGAGGAACGUGAAAGCCAUCAUAUCGUCCUACCACUCAAGUCCUUUCAGAUUGACGGGCCCAAUGGCAGGCAUCUUUGCGAAGUUCUCCCUCUUCUGGGCCCCAGUCUCUCGGGAAUAUCGGAUGUGUAUGGCCACUGCGAGUCGCUGUUGAAGCACAUAUGCUACCAAAUUGUCGAGGCGAUGGACUUCCUUCACAGCAAGAAUGUCUGCCAUGGUGAUUACCGGCCUCAGAACAUCCUCUUUCGGCUUGCUGACGGCGUGGAGGAGUGGCCCGCGCAAAGAAUAGUUGAGGCGCUGGGAAGGCGUCGAGUUGUGCCGGUGAGACCCUUCCAUUUCCAAUCCACCGCCACGAACGGCGAUACGGACCACCCCGAGCGGCGCCCAAGGUAUCUUGUGCAAAAUGCCAGCAUAGACUAUGGCUGCGGCGACUGUGUCCCACGAGUGGCUGUCAUCGACUUUGGCCUAGCGUACAUCGGCCAGGCACGCCAGAGGAUUGGAACUCCUCUUCCCUAUGCUGCCCCUGAGGAACUUCUCUGCCUGCCUACAUCGGGACCGAAGACAGACAUUUGGUCUUUGGCCUGCACUAUUUACCACGUCAUGACGGGAAUGCCCCCUUUUGCCCGGGAAGAACACGACCUGAAGGACACCAUGCGUGGCAUUGAAGCCGUUCUCGGCCCCCUGCCCCGGGAGCACCACACUCAAUGGGAAGCCCUGUUUCCCGAGUUCAGCCCUUACCUGGCCAAGUUAGGAUAUGUCGCCUUCGACCCCAACCUCACCACACUUCAUGCCAGAUUGCUUGGGAGAGCUGGAGGGGGCGGCUCGCUCCUCGGCCGAGUCUUCUUUGAGGAUCGCCUGCUGCCCAUGAGCACGACGGAAGCCAGAGAAAUCGCUUCUCAAGACUACCAGACAACAAGGCGUCUCCCGAAGUACUCAAGAUCAAUGCGUGUCGGAAAUUGGACGCCCGUUGACCCGCAAUUCCGCCUCAAGCCUUUCGAAUCCCGUACUGUAUUGCGCGGACAAGUCCACAGGCUGAUGAGCUUUAUUAUGGCGGUGUUUAAAUGGAAGCCCGAUGAGCGUGCGACAACUCAAGAUCUUCUGAAGCACCGAUGGCUUGUUGCAAGGACUCAUUGGUGGCACAAACCGCCCUUUAAUAAGCUCAUUGACCCCAAGCGAUGGGCUCGUACACAGCCGGUUCGAGAAGCCGAGGACCACGGUAUACUCGAAACUCAGGAGUUGCCCGCGGAUCCCGAGGCCCGAGGCCGAACCUUACAACCUACUGGUAAAGGCCCAAGUCCAGACCCCGCGGCCAAGUCUUCGGGCCAGCACCUAGUGCAACAGCCCGAGGCACAAUCCGGCGCACAAUCAUAGGUGUAGA